ACAGAGUCUCUCGAGGAACAUUAGGUUUCUUCGUUAAUAGAUGGGGAAUUAGGGUGAGAAAACUCAUUGGUGAAGCUUGAGAUAAUGACGGCAAUGGGAGAUCUUCCAGAGGAUUUGGUAGAGGAGAUACUCUCAAAGGUACCGAUGACAUCUCUGAGAGCAAUACGAUCUACUUGCAAAAAGUGGAACUUUUUAUCGAAAAAUCGGAUCUUUGGAUAUAAUAAAGCAACAGCAGCAAGGAAGCAGUAUAUGGGGAUUAUGAUGAUGGAUUCAAGGGUUUGCUCAAUGGAAUUCGAUCUUCAAGGGAUCCAAAACGACAACAACUUGGUGGUUGAUGAUCCAUCUAUUAUUAUUAAACAAGUAAGUGGUAGACUCGAACAAAUCGAGGUAUCCCAAGUCUUUCACUGCGACGGUUUAAUUCUAUGCGUCGUUAAAGACAACACAGGGCUGUUUGUAUGGAACCCUUAUUUAGGACAAACUAGGUGGAUUCAACCCAGAGAGAAUUACAAGUACAACAGUCUAGACAGGUAUGCUCUGGGAUAUGACAAGAACCGUAACCACAAAAUCUUGAGGAUUUUCGAUUUGUAUCCAAAUCCAAGCAGAAACCGUGUUUUUAGGUACGAAGUCUACGACUUUAGCUCUAAUUCAUGGAGGAUUCUUGAUGUCAAACUCGAGUGGGAUAUACAGUCUCAUACACGGUGCGUGUCUUUCAAAGGGAACACUUAUUUUCAAGCACAAAAGAAAAAAGUAGAGGGAGGAGUAAAGACAACAAAUAUAGAAGAUGUUCUACUCUGUUUUGAUUUUACAAACGAGAGGUUUGGACCGCCUCUGUCUCUGCCGUUUAACUCUUACAACGCAGAAGUUUUUGUGUCUCUAUCUUGUGUUAGAAAAGAAGAGAAGCUCGCUAUGUUAUAUCAACGCUGGGGGACGCCUCAGACAAUCGAGUUUUUCGUUACGGAUAAGAUUGAUCCCAAUGAGGUUUUGUGGCGCAAGUUUUUGACAACGUCCACUGGUUUUCAUGUCGACACUUUCUCUGGGAGCUUUUUCAUUGACGAGGAGAAGAACGUUGCUGUGGUUGUCGAUCUAGAUAUGAGGAACGAGAGCUUUUGCUACCAAACAGUUUACAUUAUCGGACAAGAUGAUUACUUCAAAUCUGUGAAUAUCGGAGUUGCCCCAAACCUCGCUAUAUCUUACCCUGGAUGGAAUCCUACCGCAUACUGUGUUCCCCUUGUGUGCUCUUCUUCCUAUGUUCCAAGCUUAGUUCAACUACAAAUCAACAAAGAUGGAAGUUAAUAAUUAGUUCCAUGUACAUACAAUACUUUUUUUUAAUUUGUUUAUUGCAUCA